GAAAAGCCACAGGAGAAGGGCAAGGCGUCUGGGCUUGGACUUCUACCUCAGCCCCGCCCACUCCCUCUCCGCCCCGCCCAGUCCCCUCCGCCCCGCCCACUCUCAGCCUCCCUACUUCUCGCCCAGCAAUGGUUACCCUAGGCCUAUCCCGAGUGGAUGAUGCGGUGGCCGCCAGACACCCGGGGCUCCGGGAGUACGCUGCGUGCCAAUCCCAAGCCUUCAUGAAAGGCAUCAUCACGUUCAUUACAGGCACCGGUGCAGCCUUCUUCCUACAGAAGGUCCUCCAGAGGAAGCUGCCCUAUCCCAUGCAGUGGACUGUGCUACUGGCUAUGGUCCAUCCUGCUUUCUUAGUUGCUGGCUCAGUCAGCAGCUAUGCAGUGACCCGUGUGGAAACACAGAAAUGCUCAGAUCUCUGGCUCUUCUUGGAGACUGGACAGCUACCCCAGGACCAUGCGCCAGAGCAGACCUCUCAAGGGUGUUCAGAUCCAGAACAGAAGAAAAAUCAGUAUGGGGAUGUUCUGGAGUAAAGGUCCUCUGUGAUUUUGUCUACACCACCAUAGCUCUCCCAGCUGUGUACAAGCAUUCCACUCUCCAAUCCAUAUAUACAUAUAAAGAAUGCUCUAACAUCCUG